AUGACCUCUGUAAACGGAAAACAGAUCGCUGGCGGCGCGAACCACCACCAUCACCAGCAGCCGGAGGUGCACGCCGCCGGCUGCGGCGGCCACACGGCGUCGGCAUCUAAUGCGCGUGUGGCGGAUCAGGACGCACAGAACAUCCAUGCACAUGAGCAGGGACGGGAACAGGGACAGGAGCAUGGACACGGAGAACCAAGUGAGCCCCCGGUUCACGACGAAGACAGGGAGCGCGAGCUGCACUGGCGCGUCGCCCUCGUGAACCUCCAGAGCGAGAUACAGGUCUUCCGGCGGGCCCGCACGGACGGCAACCGCGAGCGCAUGGAAGAAGCCGAAGACAACAUCCCCGUCUUCAUCCGCGCCGCCGCCGACUGCCACCCCGACCCCCGCGUGCGCGCCAAGAUGUACCGCGACGCGGCCGAGUGGGAGCGCGCGACCGUCGAGGAAAGGGAGCAGCUCGCCCAUCCGCUGUUGUAUGGGAUCGGGCUGUGCCUCGAGGCGCCGUUGGUCGUUGGCGGGUCUCUGUUGCAUGGCGCGGCGGUUGCGUUGGGGGAUGUGGGGAAGGAGAUCGUGGAGGCCCCCCAGCAUUUGUGGAGGAGCAUAUCUGCGAGGAAAGCUCACGAUCACAAACCUUCGCCUCAGUCCAGGCACACGAUAUGA